CUUAUAACCAUGCAUGCAAACAACAAAACCAAGAAAAACUAACCAAAACAAAAAUUUAAGCUACGUACCAUGAGUGAACAUGGAUCAAAGGGAGGGGCCAAGGACGAUGGCGGAAAUGUCAAGUACCGAGGCGUUCGCUGCCGGCCAUGGGGAAAAUUUGCGGCCGAGAUUCGUGAUUCCAAUAGGCAAGGUCAGAGGAUAUGGCUUGGCACUUUCAACACUGCUGAAGAAGCUGCAAGAGCUUAUGAUAGAGCUGCUUUUAAUAUGAGAGGUUCAUUUGCAAUUCUUAAUUUUCCAAAUGAAUAUAAUAUGUUUGCUGGUGCCGGUUCCGGUGCCGGUGCCGGUUCUGGUUCUGGUUCUGGUUCAUCAUCUUCAAGGAAUGAAAAUGCUGGCAAUGGAAGACAAGUGUUUGAGUUUGAGUACUUGGAUGAUAACUUAUUGGAGGAGCUUCUUGAUGUUGAGGAGAAAAAGAAUAAAGGAUCCUGAAAAUCUAAUAUACUAGCUAGUAUUAAAUAUUUUAAUCAAUGCUACUCAUGAACAUAAUGUUACUUAGUUACUAUAAAAACUAGUAAUUAUGCACGUUUGUGUGUGUAAUUGACCUAGUUGAUAUGGUAAUUUAAAGUGCGUACGUAAUAACUAAUAAAGUUUUUGAA